GAAAACCGACUAUGGGCCUAAAGCCCUAGAAGAUUCUGGGCCUAAAGCCUAGAAGAUUCUGGAACAUUCAUCCACUACCAUAAAUACCCAAGCCAUCCUCCUCUUUUCUCGGACGAGAAACUAAGCAAUUAUUAAUUAUCAGUAAUCACCGAAAAUCUAGACGCAGAUUUGAAUUCACGAAUUUCGAAUUUUUCGAUCACAGUCCAAGCAAAAGCAAAAGAAGAUGUCGUUGAUUCCAAGCUUCUUCGGUGGCCGACGAAGCAGCGUCUUCGAUCCCUUCUCUCUCGACAUUUGGGAUCCCUUCAAGGAUUUUCCUUCCUCCUCGCUGUCUGCAAAUUUCCCAGCGUUUUCUAGGGAAAACUCUGCCUUCUUAAGCACCCGAAUCGAUUGGAAGGAGACCCCAGAAGCCCAUGUGUUCAAGGCCGAUAUUCCAGGGCUCAGGAAAGAAGAAGUGAAGGUGGAAGUUGAAGAUGAUCGGGUGCUCCAGAUCAGCGGUGAGAGGAACGUGGAGAAGGAGGACAAGAACGAUACUUGGCAUCGAGUUGAGCGCAGCAGCGGGAAGUUCUUGAGGAGGUUUAGGCUUCCAGAGAAUGCCAAAUUGGAUAAGAUUAAGGCCGCUAUGGAGAAUGGGGUUCUUACUGUGACUGUCCCUAAAGAGGAGGUCAAAAACCCCGACGUCAAGUCCAUUGAAAUCUCUGGUUAAAUCUUUGUCCGCUUUGAUUAACUGAGAGUGGUCUUCUGGGUUUAGUGUGGGAGCGUGAAUAAGAUAGUGUUUUAUAAUGGUUUAUGGUUCUGUGUUCUUGUAUAAAUGUUGUUUGUGGUAAUGUCAAGCUGAACUUCUUUUCACAUUGUUAUUACAUAGUUUGACCGAAAAAAUAUCAAAUUUUAGAAAUUGUAUAAGGCUAUUAGUCUAGCUAACUAGGUAAUUAUUAUUAUUAUAAUCUGGUUGUCUUUUAUGGUAAAUCAAAAUACAAGUUGUGAUUUUACUAUUUGAUUUUUCA